GCAUGCGUGCCGCGGGGGAUGCCGGGAGCGCGCAGUGGCGGCAGCGGCGGCGACGACAGUAGCAGCGGCGGCUACAGCGGGGACGCAAGCGGGGCGGUGACCGUGUGGGAGGUGGUCUCACUCUUGGGGAAGCUGCUGGGCACUGUCGCCGCGCUGAAGGUGGUUCUGUACCUGCUCCGGGUGUGCUUAGCGAUGGCCUGGAAAUCCGGCGGCGCCAGCCACUCGGAGCUAAUCCACAACCUCCGCAAAAAUGGAAUCAUCAAGACAGAUAAAGUAUUUGAAGUAAUGCUGGCCACAGACCGCUCUCACUAUGCAAAGUGUAACCCUUAUAUGGAUUCUCCACAAUCAAUAGGGUUCCAAGCAACAAUCAGUGCUCCACACAUGCAUGCAUAUGCACUAGAACUUCUAUUUGAUCAAUUGCAUGAAGGAGCUAAAGCUCUUGAUGUAGGAUCUGGAAGUGGAAUACUUACUGCAUGUUUUGCACGUAUGGUUGGGCCUAGUGGAAAAGUCAUAGGAAUUGACCACAUUAAAGAGCUAGUAGACGACUCAGUAAAUAAUGUCAGAAAGGAUGAUCCAAUGCUUUUGUCUUCAGGGAGAGUGCAACUGGUUGUGGGGGAUGGAAGAAUGGGAUAUGCCGAAGAAGCCCCUUAUGAUGCUAUUCAUGUAGGAGCUGCAGCCCCAGUUGUGCCCCAGGCACUAAUAGACCAGUUAAAGCCUGGUGGAAGAUUGAUAUUGCCAGUUGGUCCUGCAGGUGGAAACCAGAUGCUGGAGCAGUAUGACAAGCUCCAGGAUGGCAGUGUCAAAAUGAAGCCUCUGAUGGGAGUGAUAUACGUGCCUUUAACAGAUAAAGAAAAGCAGUGGUCCAGGAUUUCCAGUACUAUGUUGAAUAAAAGUGGCGAGACUGGGCAUCCUUGUCUUGUUCCUGAUUUUAGAGGAAAAGCUUUCAGCUUUUCACCGUUGAAUAUGAUGUUAGCUGUGAGCUUGUCAUAUGUGGCCUUUAUUAUGUUGAGGGACGAACUGUAAAAGCAACAUCAGCUUGACCAGUAUAUAAUAUUACAGUGGAUUGCUCAUCUCAGUCCUCAAAGCUUUUGAAAAUCAACAGCAUCACAGCUUGUGUUGGACUUUCUUACACUAUUUUCAGCAUGAAAAUGUGUGGUUUUGUGGGGUUUCUAAUUCUUCAAAGAGGCACAGAAGCCAAAUUGGUAGAAGGAUGCAAAUAUAAAUUUGUGUAUUAUUACUUUAACAUGCCCACGUUUUACUUUAAAUGUUAAAAGGAAGGGUUCUGCAAAAUGGAAAACAUAGUUUGUGAAUUGAUUUUGAGGAGUGGUUUUUGUUUUCUUAGACACUUAAUUCUGUUCAGAUGUUAAUUUAUCAGAUUGCUUUUGUGCAUCAGGUAACACCACCAUUCAUAAGUUAAGAUUCUUGGUUUUUGGGUGUAUGUUAGAUGCUACUAAGAAAAUAGAGAUGAGCUUCCUUUUUAAAGCUUUUGAUGUGGUGUCAUAGAAUAGCAUGUUGUAGAUACAAUCGGCUGCUUUGUUACCUUAAAGCUAAGCAUUUGUAAAUAUUAAAACUUAAGAAGAUGACAGGUGAUGUCCCUUAAAACACUCAGCUGUUCAGAUUGGACAUAACUGACAUAGUUCUUCCUUUCUCUCUUUAAAAAUUCUAGGAGCUCAGUAUUGUUUUUCUGUUUCUGAUUUGCUGCUCAUAAUGUAUAUGGAUUUAACAUGCUGUGUAAGCUGCGUCCUAGUCACUGAACAGUUGAUGCAGUGCUGCUUUGCCAAAUAAAGUUAAAAGUGAAAGGCA